GUGCCCUCGACGGCAAGCUUCCUCUCCCUCCCCGGCUGGCCUCCUUUGCUUUGAUUGGCACGCAUUAUGCCUCAUGGAGGGACCUCGAGGACAUGGCUCGCCGGGCUCCGGAGCUCAAGCGGUUCCACGUGAUGAACGAUAAGUGGCGUCACACCGGCCCCCCGAUACCGUUCUUGUGUGCGGACCUCUUGGGGCCUCUCUCCCGCUCCCAAGUUGCCGGAACGUUGAUAGCUUUGGGACUUGGUUGUUCACGACUUGACGCAACCGGAUCCGUCAACAUGGGGCAAUUUCAGGCUCUUAAAGUUUUGACUAUUAGUGCGAGGAAUUUAUUGUCGGGCCACGAUUUACUUAUCAAACUAAUCAGGGGCUUCAGCCGUCUCGAAACCUUGGUGGUGGAUGGCGCCGAUUUGAUUUCUCCUGAGGCGAUGGAACGGUUCGCGGAUGCCAUCUCGAGAUCGGAGUGCCCAACUCUACGAAAGGUCUUGCUGAACCCCCGGGACGUGAGGUCUCCGCUGAUAUCACGCGCCAGGACGUCAGCUCGCCUCAAGAUGAUCACGGAACACACCGUCCAGGACCUAUUCGCAUCCGGAAAUGUCAAAUUGUUUGUCAACGACGGCAGAAGGAAGGUAAUGGCCCAAUGGUUGACGCGAUGGGAAAAUGAAGCAUUGGGACUCGUCUAGGGGGUCCCCCAGCUCAUGCCGUCUUGCUACAAGGGGCUUGGCACGAGGGUCUCAAGAACACGGCCGCGAGCACCCGGGCAGGUCCGCAAAUACGUAUUACUUACACAGUAGGUAUUCACGACAUUCCCAGGCUCUCGGGAUGGGUUGCCUGUUCGUUCGAUUAGCGGUUGUACGGGGAAGUGGUGGGGAUAACCGAAGAGGCUAGAGUGAAUACGAGAGGAGGCCAAGACAAACCGAAGGAGUAAAUCAGGGGUGUCCUAAGCGAAAGCCUGUCGCCCGCUGCUGAGCUCCACCUUCACGAGGGUUUUCAGUUCAUAUCCCUCGAUUACGAAGUAACGAUACAAGCUAGGCUCGUGAAGGAGCGCCAUCCGUGAUGUCGGACGGUUCUUGGGAAUUCACCGACCUCCACCAGUCCCCCCUAUUUAAGGUAAGCUAUGGGUCCAUAGACGUUAUAUUCAUCGACCAUCUCCCUG